ACAAACCUUCGUUCGUGACUUGAAGUGAUUGUUAAGUGUGCAUCAUUGUUUCUAUCCAACGUUUUGACGGUGGAUUGGUAACUCAAGUGGAAUUAGUAGUCGAUCAACUCGAACCCCGAACUGUCACUAGGAAGCUCACAGGAACGGAUCAGUGACUAACAGCUCAGGUGUUUUUGUUUUUCUUUGGCGUUGGCCUUACGAAGGGAAAAAACAAGACCGGAUGAGCCAUCUACCGGAAUGACACAAUGAAAACAUUCCGGCCCUAUUUGUCAUGGAUACCCUUCACCUUCCUUCUAUUAUUAGCUCAAUUGACAUCGGCUCGAGAUAAUCGAUGUUUCCUGAUUGGUGGAGGAUCAGCCGAGACCUUUUUCGUCAGUGAAAAUGCCACAGUGGGUUCCGUUAUCGGUGUUUUACGGAUUGCGGGCGAUCCGAGCGCCGAUGGCGACAUCACACUGCGCCUUGAGGCCAACGAAACGGUCGUCUCCAUUGACACGCACACGAAGAAUCUCACGCUCAUUAAAGCCCUGGACAAAGAGGGUCUGACCGGACCUGCCCAGGUGAUGACACGAAUUACCUGCGAGCGACGUGGUCCCAACACCGAGCCGAGUUUGACGGUUCCAGUCAACAUUCGUGUCACCGAUGCCAAUGAUAAUUCGCCCAUUUUUCGCAAUGCCACCUAUUCCGUCAACAUUUCAGAGUCAACGAUGGUCGGUUCAGUCGUUUUACAAGGCAUUGAAGCGCUGGAUGCAGACCAGCCUGGGCCUUAUUCAACUGUACAGUAUUCUAUUCUACCUGGGCCUUAUUCGGACGUACUUGGAUUCGCUAGCAGCUUGGAGGGUACCCUGGUAUUAAAGAAAGCUGUCGAUUACGAAACGCUGAAACAUUUCAAAAUCGCAAUCAGAGCGCAGGAUCAAGGACAGCCUCCUUUGUACACGGACGCUAUCGUCAGCAUCGACAUCAACGACGCCGACGACCAGAACCCACUAUUUGGCCAGUCACGUUACUGGGCUCAUUUACCCCAGCCGGCUCAAAAAGGAACCGGGCUGGAAAUCCGACCGGAACCGAUGCGGGCCGUUGAUCAGGACGCAGGAAUCAAUGCAUCCAUUCGAUAUGCAUGGAACGCCGGAGGAGUAGAAUACCAAGAUUUCGUUCUUGAUCCAUUAAACGGUUCCGUUUUCCUCAAUCGAAGCCUAGAAGAUAAUGAGCUCGUCCAGCCAGUUAUUCUCGUCGUCAAGGCUCACCAAGUGGAUAACCUCGACCGUUACGCUUUAACCACGUUGACCGUUAGCCGGAGUUGGUCGUUUUCACCUCAACUGCAAUACCUCCAGCGACGUUAUUCGGUCCAGGUCCUGGAAAAUGUGCCAGUCGACACUAUUAUUUUGGCUAUGGCCAUCAACAAACCCAUCGAUCAGACUAUUCGCUUCGUAAUUGAAAGUCACAAUGGAACGGAUCAAGCAUUCAGCGUCGAUAAGAUGGGCGAAAUCAAGUUGGAACGCGCGCUGGAUUACGAAACACAGAUGACUCAUCACUUUGUUGUAUGGGUCACGGAUGGGCUAACGAAUGAUACGGCGACGGUUGAGGUUACCGUCCUCGAUGUCAACGACUGGGAUCCGCGAUUCGAUUUGGCCGAAUACGAAUUCAUUGUCAAGGAAUCGGCCUUGCCCGUCGGCUCAGUCAUCGGACACAUCCAUGCAGAUGACGGCGAUGCAGCCGACCGUGUUACUAUACAAUUAAAAGGACCUGAAUCCAGAGCGUUUAAUGUCCACGAGAACGGAGACGUCAUUUUCUCCGAUCCAUCAGCUCUGAAUUCGACCGUUAUUCACCUCAUGGCGGUGGCACGCGAUUCCGGCAAUCCUCCUCGACAGACGUCUGUUCCUGUCAAAAUCAACUUACCAGUCGAUUUCCUGAUGAUGAACGGAAGCGGCAUUACUUUAUCCAGCGCCGACGGCAGUGGGCUGUUAUUAAUCAUCUUGGGCAUAUUGCUGGGCGUUUUGUCUCUCAUCAUCUCUGGUCUGGCCGUCUACCUCUGUCAAUACAAACGGAAAAAGACGCAACCGAGUCCGUUAACGGUUGUCCAGCCGCAACCCAAAGUCAGCGUCAGCGGACUGUACAGUGGCGACAGUUCGACGCCCAUCACGGCCACUCUGCGCCGAAUGCCCAUCAAUCCUCUGGCGCGGCCGUCGUGCCGUCGGGUCGUGCCCAUUCAGAGUCCGACUCUUAGCACCGUCCAGAAUUCGCCACCUCCUCCGCCAAUGCCACCACCAACCCCUCCACCCAGGCAGCAACAGCAGCAACAGGCGGCUGGCAAUCACCACAAGAUCUCUUCCGGCGGCAGCAACAACAACGAACAGUCACCUCCACCAGUGGCGUGUCCGCACCAUCCGCGAACUUUCUUGAGCAGCAGUCAAGCGGGCGCCUGGCCGACAGAUGCCUCGCUACCCAGACGAGUCAAGAAGCUCAGCUGGGAGGACGAGUUCAACGUCUUCUUCUAGAGAAAAA